UUUGUUUUCCCCAUCCCUUCUUUACAUGGUGCAAUUAGAUAGUUUUCCUAUUCCUGGAGGAGUUUGUGUCUGAAAAGGCUGCAUGCCUCUUGUCUAAAUACAUUUUAUUUUGCCCUUUGUCUACUCCUGUCCACCCGUGGGUGAGGGAGCAAAACUGAGGGCAGGAAACCCAUCAGGAGUUACAAGGCAAGCCAAGUGCCUGGUUCCAGGGAGGACUUUUCUCCAGGAUUGGAGAGGGAGCCACUCUAGGCCCAACAGACUGGGGCAGUUUGCCCCAAAUCACUCGUGUGCCACAGCUGAGAGCAAUUCAGCUUUGCUCAGAGGUGAAGCACUACCACAUGAGCAGGCUCUGUGUGACAUGUUACACAAGAGCCCUGGCUGUGCUGGCUGCUCGUUCAUCCCCAGGACAGCUCUGGACACGAUGCCCUGCCCGGGCCAACCUCUCUUCUGCUGUGCCUCGUGCCCUGGUGUUCACCCGCCCUGGGGAUCAGCUGGGAAAGGGCAAUUCCCUUGCAGCAGAGGCUGCAGAGCAGAGGGUGUGCCCUUCCUCUCGAGCAGCAAUGUUAUCUCAGGAUAGCACCAACUCCUACUGGGGCCGAAAUGCUUCUCGUCACCUGCAGCACCCGUGUACUGGUGCCUUUGAUGGGUCCGUUUCCCUCAUCAGGAAUUGCUGAGAACAGAGGUUAUUCACACCAGUAAUAUCUCUCCUGACAGAAGUUCAUUUGUCAAUUCGCAUCGACCAAAGCCGCCCAGCACGGAUCGUUGUGUCUGCCUGACGUGGCAGCAGGCAGCGGUGACACUGCUGCCGCCGCGAGCUCCGUUCCCAGCUCCGGGAAGGGGGGCAGUGCGUGGGAGCCCUGGCCUCGGGCCUGCCCCGCUCCCGGCAGGCGGAGCGAGCCAAAGGGCAACCACAGCUCCUUGGCCCCCAGUCCUGCACGGCAGCCUGAUCCAAAGCCCUUGGUGCCUGCUGACAACCACCAGCUUCUGUGAGCUUCUUUGGUAAAUUGUUAACAGCCUUGCACAGUCCCCAUCAGCUCAAAUGUGCAGUGAUACCAGAAAUACACCCAUAAGUGAAAUGUUUCUUCAUUUAACAGGAGAGAACACAGCCCUGCACAGAGGAGAACUUGAUAACCACUUGGUACAGGAUUAGUUUUCCCACCUGUCUUUUCAAACCAAUUAACCAUUUUCACUCAGUAGGAAAAUAUCUGUUAAAAAUGUUUUCCAGGUAAAACCAUCCCUACAGGUGAGGAGCACACUUUCAUGUCUGACUAUUCCAAGCUGACAUGAGCCGAGGUUAUACAGUUCUCUGGCACGGUGAGGCUGUGGUGACACACAAUGUGAGCUGGAUCCAGUCCAUCCUUAAUCUUUGGGUCCUGCUUUUGCUUUCAUGUGCUGUCUGGCUGCAUGUCUGUGCUUUCUGCACAGCGGGGUGCUUGCUUUCAUUCUGAGGUGAUUCGUUGUCAGUGUCGGCCCUGUGAGCACCCCUGGCCUCUCUCAUGCAGCUGCAGGAUUGUUAGAUAUCUUUAAUUAAGUCAGUGAACUCUGCCAGUGCAGCAGAUGCCUCCAUUAACUGCUCAGCCACAGGCAUUGUGCAAAACAGGGCGAACGGGAGUGCACCAAAGGGGAGAAUUGCCUUAGCUUUGAUCAGAGUGCCCUGCGGCACCGGCCCUUCAAAGGGAGGCAGAGAGCUCCCUGCCUUAGGCCGCUCAGAAGUGCUGUCCUGCAGCGCACGCCCAAAUUGGAUGGGGCUCUUCGGUCUCGCCAGAAACACCUACUCCUUUCUGUAACCCUCACUUUAGCUGCCUUCUUUAUUUCUUUUGAACAGAAAGUGAUCUGACGGCCCAGGCUGGUCUGAGAGCACUUCUGGAGAGACCUGACUUCAACUCCCAGUGCUGAGCAGAGCAGCAAUAAAACUGCAAUUUUCUUUCAAACAUAGCAGGGAAACAAGUCCACCACCAUACUUAGGAAACAAAUAAUAUAGCCAUGGUUCAAGAUAAAUCCAAUCUUUAAUUUUGGCAUAAAAAUAUGAUUGUUGGAAAAUAAUAAUACACUUUCAUAUGUUUAUUAGCCAAAAUUAUAUCUGCUGAUUAUUUUACAAAAUGAAAGACAAAGUUUCUCAGUUUUUUUUUAAUCACUGUGUGCUUAGAAAGAAAUGGGUUUCUGAAUUAGAUUAAGUAGCAUGAUGAAAAAAAAGCAACUAAAACCUGCCUGUGCUGCGGGCCACUUUGCAAGCAGCUCAGUGUCCUGCUCCAUUGGCUCUGGCACUGUAGGGGUGAUCUGUGUCCACCUGUCUCACAGACUAGCAAAGAGCUGCACGUGUGGAGUGCCCCAGACCGCUCGUAAUCGAGGCUGCUUGCCUGCUGCCCACGCUCCCCGGUGGCUGCUGUCCGGUGCCAGGGUGCCCGGAUCCCAUUUAUCAAGCCCGGUGGUGUCUGGAGAGGAGCUCCACAUGGCCAGGGGUGGGCUGGGGGGAGCCUGGCAGCCGGCCCGCUGCCCUGCCGGGAGCCGAGCUCACUCGCCCGGGGCUGGUGGCCCGUGCGCUCCGGCCGCCGCAAGCGCCUCGGGAAGCAGCGAAAGGUCACAGCGGCCACAGCUGCCGGCAGCGCCCUCGGGCACCGGCCCCCGCUCACCCCGCCGCGCAGGGCUGUCCACCCAGCCGGGGGACACAGCCACGGGGCACGGCCAUCGCAGGGCACGGCCGCCAGCGCACAUCGCCAUCGGGGGCACGGCCAGCUACGACCUAUGAGGGACCACGGUCACCCGCAGGGCACUGCCACCGUGAGGCACGGCCAUCGAGGGACAGAGCCAUCGGAAGGUAAAUACGUGUACCAGCCCAUGACCCCCGUGGAGCAGCUCCCCAGCACCGAGAUCCCCGUCCGCCCCCGGGAGCCCCCCAACACCAUCCAGAUCUCGGUGUCGCUCACCGAGCACUUCCUCAAGUUCGCUCCCGCCUUCCAGCCGCCGCUGCCGCCCGAGGCGCCGCAGUUCUGCACCAUCGCCGACCUGUUCAUCGACAACUACCGCGUCAAGUGCAUCAAUGGCAAGAUGUGCUACGUGCAGCGCCAGCCGCCCGCCCCGCACAGGGCAAAGCCCGACGACGGCUCCGGCCACAACGCCUUAAUCACAAAGGAGAGCAAUACACCAAAAACAGAGCACUGCUCAUCCCCCUCCAGCUCUGAGGACUCCGGCAUCAACGCCGUGGGGGUUCACUACAUGGAGUCGUGUGACGAGGACACGGAGGGGGUGGCCGAGCUGAGCUCAGAGGAAGAUUACAGCCCGGAUAGCAGCUGGGAGCCGGACGAAUGCCCGCUCCUGUCGCCCUCGCAGUGCGAGAUGGAAGUGAUUGAGACUAUAGAAACCACUGUGUGACCACACAAGUCUGCAUCAGCCCAGUCCACUUCUUUCUCAGUAAUGUUGCUUUUGUAGUAUUUCUAUUUUCUGUUUUUUCUGACAAUCCCUUUUUUCCAGUGCACUUGAUAUUUCAGAUUCCUGUCAUGGGAGCGUGGUCACAGGACUUACAUAUGGUGAACUAGCAGCAGCCUGAGCAAUUUUAACACGUUCUCAGCCUGAUCAGCUCUCCCACGUCUGCACGUAAGGUAGUGACAAAUCUUAAGACUUUUCUAGCAGAAAUAGGCCCUUUUGUUGGUCUGGGUUACCCCACACACAACUUCUCACACGAGGACGUGCCACUCGAGAUGUUUCCACCCAUCGGGUUGUUGGCAGGGACCUCAGAGCAUGGAGGUGCAGGCCUGGAGCAGCAAACUGAGGUGCCCUUAGACUUUCUCAAACAGCUACACGAGGCUCCUCCCAUCUCUCUGUCCUGGUGCCUCUUCCCUAGUGCUGGUGCGACCCUUCUCCAAGGCUGUCGGCACCACGCUUCCAGCAGGGUGAAAUGGCAGGCUAGAGAAUGCACAAAGUGCCUCCAACUUUUCUCCAGGCUAUGCACCGAGCAGCUGCUGAGGGAGGCCAGGCUCUGAAAUCUCCUGAGAAGGCAGGUCUUGCUCUGGAGGGGGAUGAGUUACCUGGAUCCAGCUGGUCCCUUUUCUCUGCCUGGAUCUUGGGAAGGGGGUCUGGCUUUUGCAGGUGGGCUGGAGGGGGAGCAGGCAGAGGUGGGGCAUGGCCAUCUAACCAAUACCACACUGGACUGGGGAGCACCAGGACAGGCGAAAGAAGCGACUACCUCCGAACACCCGCGCUCAGCUCCGCCUCUGCCUCUGCCUCCUCUUGGGCUCUUUGGUGCCAGACACUCAGGACCAAAUGGCCUCAGGGUCUGCAUUUGCCUGAAGAUUAACAAAGUUUAAACAAAAAGAAUUUUAACAGCCACACCACUGUGUCGGCAGAGCUUGGGGACAGCGUGGAGAUGCCUCGGGGAGGUGGCAUGCGAGCUCGUUAAAAUACAGCCUAAGGUCAUCCUAGUGGAGAGAGGAGGCUUUGGCUCCUGCUCCCUUGCUCCCAGUCCAGGAGCAGGUUCAGAGCAGGGGUCCCUCACCCAGCUGGCAGUGGAGCUGUCUCACAGGAGGUUCAGUUUCAGCCCUGCUUGAAGGAAACAAAAAUGUCGCUCCGAUUCCAGGCAGCUCCACAGAGCUGGAGCCAGUAACUCCUGUGUUCCUGCAGUGUUACUGCCGUUCUUUGUGUAGUUGCUGUUUGCGUUUCAGAAGUCCCUGGUGAAUCCAAGGCUGUGUAAACGUGUACAGUUAGUGACUGAUCCUAGAUUAUAGUCUGUGGUAGAGGAUGGCUCAUCUCUCACUGUAUCCUGACAAUGUAUUCCCAAUUUUAUACACUUUGUAAUCAGUAUCUUUAGAAGACAUUUAGGCAACAGUGUGUGUCUGUGCACAUGCGCGUGUCUAGGAGUUUCCAUGGGUGGAUAUAAAGUAAUGCUGUACUUUUUAGACUAAGACUUUCAGACAAAAAUAACAGGUUUUAUAGUUUUGAUGACUUACAUAAAAACAUGCAAUGCUUGUGAAAUGAGGAAUUGGGCCAUUGCAUGAACGGAUACAUUCUCACAAGGCACCUGAAAAUACUCUGUUUUUCUGAGGGCAUUUAAACAAAGGCUGUAGUAAAACUAAAUAGGAUUAAUUUCAUUUUUAAGAGCGGGGUUGUCUUUCUUGGCUAACUACAGUUUCUAACAACAUUUUUGGUGUCUUUGGACCAUUCAGGCACAUUCCAUAGGUAGAAGGAAACAUUAUGUAUAAACCUACAGCAUUUAUUCAUAUUUAAUCUUUCAAUUGUAACCUGAGUGGAGAGCUGAACUAGCUCGCUCUCAUGCCUGGCCUCCGAGCUUUCCUUGUAGAAAGAGGAAGGCUCUUCCUCCCCUGGGAACAACUUCUCAUUCCCAGGCAGGAUGGGUGGGCCUUUCCCAAGGGCAGGGAGCUCCUUGCCAGUUCUCCCGGGGCACCAAGGGCAGGGAAGGUGAGCAGGACCCCCCUACCCAGCACAGCUCACCUUGUUUGCAGGCAAGCAGGAGCCACAGCCCUGCCUGGGCACUGGCUGGGAGCGCGGUGACCUCGGGGGGUGCUGGUGGCAGAGACUCCACAGGGUCCUGGCCCCGUCAGUAUCCAUUCUUCCUUAACUGUAAGUAAUUAGCAAUACCCACAAGCUGUGAGUGUCUCCUACCCAGGAUUUGUUCAGAUGUCUUAAGCACAAUAAGCUGCCUCUUCCUUCUGUUGUUCCUGGAAAACGUCAGGGGCGCUCUGGGGAGUGCUGGGGCUGCUGGAGAGCGCUCGGGCAGGGCCCAGCCGCGGGGAUCUCCCGCUCCAUCACACACCCGCCUCGGAACACGCCCACCGAGAGCGGGGCUCCUUCCUUUGCACAAACACGGCUCGGGCCAUGUUGUCGCAGCCAUGCCCUGAGCUGGCUGCUCCCCCAGCCAGGGAGAGGUGUGUGUAUAUUUCCUCUUGAAUAAAAUACUGAACAACUGGC